AUGAAUCAGGAUUCAGAGCAGAAGGACCACCCCGCUCGAGAUCUAGACGAUGAUAAUGACGACGAUUCCCUGUUCGAAGCCCUCGAGAACGAAGAUGAUUCUGCCUACCGUGCGCAUCGCAUCGAACAACUCAAUGCCGAGUUUUCUGCGGCCAAAAACAACCGAUCCUCUUUUCGCGGUCCAGCAACCACUCUCGUUGAAGGCCUCUACCCGACUCUGAAAGACGACCAAGCCGUGCUAGAUUUCUCAACACAGACCCAUCGUUGUGUCAUCCAUUUUGCCCAUCCGGAUUUCGCCCGCUGCGGGGUCAUGGAUGAGCAUAUCCGGGCGUUGGCAACACGGCACCAUGAGGUGCGCUUCGCGCGCGUCGACGUGCGCAAUACCCCGUUUGUGGUGGACAAACUGAGCAUACGAGUCCUUCCUUGUGUAGUUGGGUUCAAGGACGGAAUUGGUGUUGAGCGUGUGGUGGGAUUCGAAGGCCUUGGAGCCGGGGGCCGGGACGGGGCUGACAGCUUUAAUAUCGCGACUCUAGAAAAGCGACUACUAUGGAAAGGGAUUCUAGGCCAGACGAAGUUCAAAAAUAGCGAGGAUGAUUCUGAUAUAUCUGAGGGUGGCAGUGGUGACGAAGGGUCCAGCAGGAGACGGCCAGGUACUGGGCGACGGACUAUUCGGAGCGGAAGUGGGCGACACCAUGGAGGGGAUAAUGACGAUGACGACGACUGGGACUGA